ACUAAUUUCAAGUCGGAAGGUGUAACGUUUAUUCAUUGGGCGACAGAUCUAAAGCGACACUGGUGGAAUUCAAGUUACCUGGGCUCAGAUGUACCUCAAGCUCCUAAAGGACAUUUACAAAUACAAACAUAUUUUAUUUGUUUCAUCUCUUUCCCGUACAAAUGGAUUCAAGAUGGCAGACAUGUUAUCACCUGGAUUUGAGAUAUUAGUCAUGUUAUUGCAUAUUGUCUCUUAUCGCAAGCAACACACUCUACACCUUACUGAGGCUGGUUCAUAUAACUGAUCAUACCCGUGAGACUAAGUUUCUGCCAAUUCACUUCAUGCUGUUGAAAACAAUGCUCAAUCAAAAUCACCUACUUCUUUUGCUGGGUCUGGCUGGGUUUUUUAUCAGUGAUAUUUCAAUGACAACAAGUGCAGUUUCCACAUCUACAACGGCAGGGACACCUAUAUCCACAGGUGCUGCUCAAAUAGAUUCCACAUGUCCGGGUGGUGUUGGUCUAUUUGGAACGAGCUACACUAUUGUAGGUGACAGAAGCAACUAUACAGGAUUUGUAUGGGUUCGACCAAGUGAUGACCGUAAUGUCGUCAUCUGCAACCCCAGCUGCAGCCCUGUGGAAGGAUAUAAAGCAACCAACGAUACACCUUCUGCACUCACCAUCGAAAGUGUUGAGAAGAUAGAUGCAGGGACUUGGAGCAUAGUGGACGCAAAGGACCCGGGUGUUUUUGUGGACGUGUGUAAGCUGACGGUAGCAAAAACUCCCGAAUGUACCGUUAGCAGCGAUGGAGCCACUGACGCUCUUGACCUUGACACGACCCUGCUACUCACAGUGAAUGUGACCGACUACUAUUGUUCCGAACUAACUGGCUUGAGUCUUAUUACUGGUGCUGUCUUGGAGACGCUGAAGGUGAACCACAACGUCAGUCACAUCACUUCCGACGUUAUUAACCAAACCGUCAGUAUAAACCUUUCAAGUCUUGGCGACGUCAGAGUGAGGUUUAUGUGUGACGACACUAGUUAUAAUCUGAGCUGUCGUGGAGUUCAAAGGUUGUUAAAAAGUCCACCACAGUGCAACAUAAGCAGUGACACAGGCACCAACGCUCUAGAACUUGGUACAAACCUCACCCUGACAAUGGACCUCAGAGGGUACUACUGUUCUCAACAAGCUGGGUUUGAUCUCACAACUGGCAGCGUCACAGACGUCUUGUUACAAAACCAGACAACGAACAACAUCACAGACACUGUCCAGCACCACUCCUUCAACGUCACAUCUGACCGCUUUGGAGACGUCAGUGUCAUAUUCAGAUGUGAUAGCAGCAGCAAACCUCUUACUUGCGGUGGAGUUUCCAAGCUCACAGGAUACAAUGUUCCCUCUGUAGCUGCUACAACAACUACAACACCUGGGUCGACAGGUAGGUACUUACUGUCCUCCAACACAACUUUAGCUGAUACCUUAACAUCCUGAUCUAUCUGUUCUAGGUAACCUGAAUAUUUACUUUUUAGAAUGAGGACACAGCAAUGUGUCCGUCGUGGGAAAAGAACUUCAUCGUCAGAUUCAAUGUAGUUUUAAAAUGUAUCAAUGUAUUUUGACUUUGGCUGGUAAUUAAGCAUACUUUGAUAUAAGUAAUCCGAACCUUGAUAUUUCCCAGUGAGGGAGUAUUUAUUCUAUAAAUAUCUCAUAUCUUGGAAACUUCAUUUGAAACAAAACCGUAUCUUCAAAAUCGCAUGGCAUGGUGCACUCUGGAAAAUAACAUACAAUUAUUCAACUACUCAAACUUAAACCAUUUUUGAAAGCUGUUUCUUAAGGAAAACCUUUGAAUUAAUCCCAGUUUUUUAUUUCUGUUGGCUGUGUUUCAUACAAAAAGUACAACGCAUUCUUUUAGCAUACUUCUCAAUCACCUUUGUUGAAAAUGCGUCAAAUUACUUUCGAGUGUAACUGAUGUCGUUUAGUUGAGAACUUGUUACAGAGUAGUGCUUUCG